AUGGCCUCAAGGACGGUCUCGACGUUGAAGUUCGUGGGAACUAUCUCACUAGGCCUCCUCACCGGCCUUUCAUACUCCUUGACCACCCUCACUCUCCCAACACUUUUGACCCUCCCAUCAGCAAGCGCUGCCUCAAAAGCCUUCGCAAACCUCAAUACAAGCUCUGUCCUGCACCUGCGGACCCUCGCCGGUGUCUCUAGUACAUCAUUCCUGCUCGCCUACCUCCUCUCUCCACGAAGCCAGAAACAUCCGUAUCUGCUAUGGACGACGCUCUUCGUAGUCUCAUCUGGCUUUGCCGACUAUCUCGUCCAGCCGUAUAUCAGCAAGACAACUACUAGCACGCGAUCCGUCAAGCCGAAAGUGAAGAAGGGCAAGGGAAGGCAGAUGGACGCUAGCUACGAGGUAUUGGGUGUCAGCGAUCGAGACAGCGAAGGUACCAUCAGCGGAGAGGAGAUGGAUGAGGAUGUCAAUGGAGAGGAGAUCAGAGAACAAGUCGAGGGUUACAUGAAGGUCAACAUCGCCAAGACCGUUAUUGCAGGUGUCGGCUUUGCCAUGAGCACAAUUGGUAUUUGGGGAGAUGGAGCGGCGGAUCUAGUUAUCAUCGAGAUGUAA